CGAUGUAUAAUUAAUGAACCAGGCGUCUCUGUGUCUUGUGCUAUCUGGUCCAAUGUGUUCCCAAUUGUCAGUCUUCCUUCGGCAUUGAAACGUACAGGUUGUGCAGUUGUACGAUCAUGAUGUCUAAGUGGUUCCUUGUGUUUCUUUUGGCAUUAGAAUGCCAGAACUUCACCGCUGGCUUGGGUAAUUUUAUUGAUGUAAACAAAUUCAAGGUGUUCUACGAUCCGAAUACGAAAUUGGCAUUAAAAGGUGUAUUGGAGAAGGUCGGUCGUGAUCCUUUUCCUGGGAUUGGUUUUCGUGGUGUAAAAUGUAACUGCGAUCAGUCAACAAUUAAUUUCACGUGUGAAUGCUGUGGUGGUCUCAAUAUAACUAGAUUUAAUUUCGAGCGUAAUGCUUGCACUAAUUUAACUUUUUACUCCGAAGAAAUGGCCAUUAAAGUCAAAUUUAUAGUAAAUGACAAAGAACUUGCUACAGGUUCUAUAUCUGGAAAAAAUCCACCACCAUUUUGCGUGCCUGUUUAUGCUCCUUUUGUAACUCUCUGCGUGCGUGCCUACGAUAUUCAUAUGAUCGGCCAUAAUUUGCAUGCAUGCGUUGACUUGGAGGCACUUGUGUGGGGAUGGCCGGUUCUGACUUUACAUUUUGAUUGCAUAAAAGCCGGCCAGGAUGGAAUUUCUUGGAUAAAGCCUGAAAAUGGCAAUAAUGCUACCACCAUAGCGCCGCUCGGGAUGAUUCAAGCAGAAGUGAACGGACCGGAAAUAUACGAUCCAGUAAAUUUUGAGUCUCCAAAUGAAUCUCCAAACAAUCCUUUGAAUAUAAUGCCCGGGGAAGGAAAUAACAUAGGCCAGUUAAAGCUGUAAUGUCUACAAAAUUAUAAUCUUAUAUACAUGCAGAAAAAUGUUAUGAUAAUCUUGUAAAAUCUUGUAAAAAAAUGUAUUUUUCACUACCUGUGCACCGAAAGUGGUCCUUCUCUCACCUAUCAAUUUACAUUCAAGGACAACAUUUCGAUGUAUAGGUAACAAAAAAUAUUGUAUGCGACGUUGGCUAUUGUCCACACGUGAGGGUGAACGCACUCACGGGCAAUUAAUAGAAUCACCGUACUUGUUGCACAAAUAACUAUACUAUAUUAUAUAUUUAUCUUAAUUAUAUUUUAUUUAUUGUUAUGU